AUGUCUUUAUUUAACUGGAGUGCUAAUGAUGAAAAAAAGUCGAACAAACGUCCUCAACAGGUUCCAGUUGUCAGUAUAACCGAUGAUCAGCCAUGUAACCCAUACACCGAAGUCCAAGUCUUAUCUGCACACACAGAUAUAGUACAGCACCUGCUAAAAAUAGAUGACAACAGGUGUGUGUCGGCCGCAGAUGAUAAUACUGCUAUAAUAUGGGACAUUCAGACUGGGAAAAAGCUAGCCACGCUGGCUUUCCACAGUCGACCUAUCACUAGUAUGUUAGUAAUUCAAAGUGAGCAUGUGCAGAAUGAAUACCUGACUGAAAAAGUACUACUCACUGGAUCAUCAGAUAAAACUAUUGCAUUCUGGGAUUUGGAGAAUGGACAACUCUUGCAUACGGUUAAUGAACAUAACAGCACUGUAAAGUGUCUGGUUACUUGGGAAGACUGCCAUAUAUUUUGUUCUGCAGGAAAAGAUCUCUGUGUGUUCAGCCAUCAUGGGAUAUUAAUAACCAAGUUCAGCAGACAAGAUGAAGACGCUGACAUUCAGUGUCUUCUGCCGAUAAAAAAUAAUCGUGUUGUGGUGGCCUUCCAGAGUGUAUUGGCCGUAUAUAAGCUGAUACUAUCAGAUGAAGAGGAAGUACUUAGAGUUGAACACUGGAAAACAUUACCGUCGUCACUGCAACACAGAGAAGCUAUCAGGUGCCUAAUUAAAAUAUCAGAUGUAUCAUUUGCAAGUGGUUCUCUAGAUGGUACUAUCAUGGUAUGGACUAGUCAUGGUCUGAACCCAUCAAGAGAAUUUAACUUUAUUAAAAAAUACAAAGGUGAUCACCAUGCUUAUCCAUUCAGUGUACAACAUAUGGUUGCAAUUGAGGAGAGAUAUAUUCUAGCAGCAAUUGGAUCUGGUUUCUGUCUAUAUGAUGUCAUCAAAGAAACCUGUUUAGCUCAAAGUAUAAAUUCACAUUAUUCAAAGAUUCUUCAUAUUAAUUUUGUUUACAAUGGAAUGUUUGUUGCAACAUGUUCUCUAGACGGUACCAUUAGACUGUGGGGUAGUCGGCCUAUCAAUGAUGAGGUGACAGGGAACAGUAAAAGUGUUCUGUCUAAGUUUAUGGGUUCAAGUGCUCCAAACAGCCAUGAUGGGAGAUCUCGAAGAAGAAGUGGCGAUGUAUCUGUAUUUCAUCCGGUUCUACUUGGUGAAUGUUAUGGUCAUUCUGGCGCUGUGAACGCAUUUGUAGAUUUCGGUUAUGACGGUUUAGUGUCAUGUGGCACUGAUCAACUAUUACUGCUAUGGAAGGAUGGUGAAAUACAGUCAAGUAAAAGGAAUGACAUAAUCCGACAAAUGUUGAGAUGGAAUGUAAUGCAAUAACAUAUAAAGUUACUGCAUGGAAACUAUGUGAUUCAGUGUAUAGCUGGUAUAUUGCCAUAAAGAAUGGGAACUAUUUGAUGCAGUGUAUAUCUGGUCUAUUG